CACUUCCACUAUACUUCCUUCCUCUUAUAUACACAAUUCAUUGCUCUCAAAUUAACUACUCAAGAGAGAGAGACAUAUAUAGAGAGAAACAAGCCAUUGAUCAAGAAUGUCUAGCAGAAGAUCAGGGCAGCAAUCUGGGGUUUCAAGGAUCAGUGAUGAUCAGAUCGUUGAACUUGUUUCCAAGUUAAGGCAAUUCCUCCCUGAGAUUCAACAAAGGCGCUCCCAUAAGGUUUCAGCUUCAAAGGUGUUGCAGGAGACCUGCAACUAUAUAAGGAACUUGCACAGGGAGGUCGACGACUUAAGCGAGCGAUUGUCGCAGCUUUUGGCUACAAUUGAUGCCGAUAGUCCUGAAGCUGCCAUUAUCAGGGGUUUAAUUAUGUAAUAAAUAAUUAUUUUUCUUAAUCUAUAUUAUUAUAUAUUAAUUAACUAGCUUGCCCUAGCUUGUACUAUUUCCCUUAUUUUAUUAUGAAAUCUUAGUUAGGUUUUGGUCACUAUAGACCAAACUGGGUGAUAGAUUAUUUAAUGUAAUUAGUUAAGUUUGCUUGUGCUAGCAAAGCCUCCUGUUAUAAUUCUGAUGUUUUUAGUUUUUUAUAAUAAUAAUAAUAAUAAUACGAAAUUGAUC